GGUGUUCAGUAUAUCAUGGAAGCUCCAUAAAGUUUCAUGGGUCUUUGUACUUGUCAAACUGUGUUGUUGAUGCAAACUGGGUAGUUAAACUCACUGACUUCGGACUUCAGGAGAUCAUUUGGGACAAGAUGCUGCACAAGGAGCUUGCUUGCUUCCAGGGAGCCGACGUUGAUCAUCUACCAAUCAAAUACCUGCAACUUCCACCGGAGAUGCUUCGCAACGUGCUUGCUGAAGGUCUGCUCAGUCGCGGAUCAGCGAAAACUGACAUCUACCAGCUGGGGAAUGAUCAUAUAUCAAAUUCUUUUUCAUACGAGACCAUUUUCGGAAAACUUCAAUAUGACCACAAAA